UUAAACUCAACAAGACGUCAUUAGCCACGAGGUCUCCCAGUUAUACCUGGAUUUAAUCCUGGAACCGACCUGCCAAGGUGAUGUUCGAGAUCAUGUGCGAGAGGUUGUAAUUCCCAAGGAUGUUUUAUUAAUGGAGAUGAGGUUCGGUUCCCCUUCGAGGCCAAGCUCGAAGUCGCUUUUCUUCACGAUCAUCGCCCGUCUUCUCUAUAAAGACCUAGAGCGCAAAGUCGACCCACCUGUUAUCUGUUACAUGUCUUCUGGUACGCUCAUCUUCUUUGUGGCUGCACUGGUCACAGUUUUCUUCUAUAACCGUCGACGCAGUAGAUUGCCACUACCCCCUGGACCACCUCCAAAGUUCUUUACCGGAAAUGUUCAUCAACUGUCAAAGAAAGAGCCUUGGCUGGUGUAUGCCAAGUGGGCUGAAACCUAUGGGCACAUGUUCUCAUUCCGCGCGCCCAACCGGCAGUUCAUAGUGCUCAGCUCCCUACAAGCUGCUACUGAAUUGCUCGAUUCACGCGCCACCAUAUAUUCUGAUCGUCCAAAAAUAUGGAUGCAGAAAGAACUUGCGAAGCGCACCCUGAACACAUUCGGCAUAUCAUUCCUUCAUCCCUAUUUCAAGAUGUACCGCACAGUCCUCAAGGCCAGUUUGAGUCCCCGCACUAUACAAAACUACCAAUCACUGAAAACCGAACAAUCUCGUAUGCUGCUUAAUGCUCUGCACAAGAAUCCUGAACAUUUCGCCCAGCACAUCAAAAGGAACGCAGCGGCUGUCGUCCUCAAUCUCGCAUAUGGUUGGAAGGUCACCGAGAAUAAUGAUUAUUUCAUCAGUAUCCUGCAAGAAGGCAUGGCACUGAGCGCUAUGCUAGGUCAGCCUGGACGUUGGUUGGUCGAAGCGAUACCAUCAUUGCGUUUCCUACCUUCAUGGUUUCCAGGGGCAGGUUUCAAGCGUGUAGCCCUCGACAUCGGGCAAAAGUUGAGUAGGCUUGACACAAUACCAUUUAAUUGGGCCAAACAACAAAUACAAAGCGGCAGCUACACGCAUUCCUUUGUUUCAGAACAACUCCUUCCGGAGGAUGGGUCCACGGUCGGCGCUCAACAAGAAGAGAUCACCAAGUGGUGCAGUCAGGGGAUCUAUGCAGGAGGAGUAGACACCACAUCAUCAACCUUAACAUCUUUUAUCUUAGCGAUGCUGCUUUAUCCAGACGUGCAGAAGCGUGCGCAGGCAGAGAUCGAUACCAUAGUGGGUCAGGACCGAUUUCCCGCGUUUGAGGACAGAGACAAGCUUCCAUAUAUUGGAGCGCUCAUGCAAGAGCUCCUCCGCUGGGCACCUGUGGCUCCGCAAGGGCUCCCGCAUCAUGCGAUGAAGGAAGAUGUAUACGAAGGGUAUCGCAUACCCAAGGGUACAACCGUUAUCGCGAACAUUCUUUUCAUGUCACGGGAUGAGACAAUGUACCCUGACCCAUUAGAGUUCAGGCCCGAGCGCUUCCUCGGUCCCUCUCCCCAAUUGGAUCCACGCAAAUUUAUCUUUGGGUUCGGGCGCCGUAGAUGCCCUGGGUCGCAUUUUGCCGAAGCGUCGCUGUACCUCAAUAUUUCUUGUAUCCUUGCUGCGUUCACGAUCGGCAAACCGCUGGAUGCGAGAGGGAAAGAGAUCGCACCUCCUGUAGAGUUCGAGAAUUCUGGUCUACUUUGGUUCCCUAAACCAUUCAAGUGCAGGUUCAUCCCAAGGAACAAGGAUUUACUGGCAACUCUCUCGCAAUGAUUCGGCCGACUUCAGCCAGACUCCACAGAUGUAUAUUAUGAGUUAUGCGGUAUUUACAUGAUUGCUUCGUGCUGAAUGACAUCUACCAGCCAAUUGUACUUUUUCCUUAUCAGCAACCAUGGAUCUCGUUGAGUACCAUCAAUAUUGGCUGGACCGUCCCAUGUCUACUCCCGGUGUUGGCAUUUCGCUGUGUUCCUAUUUCCUGUCGCACUGUCGCACCUUGACGUAUCAUAUUGGUUCGCAGUUGGAUCUUUUCCUGUAGACUAAUACACCUUGAUCAGCUUGCUUUCUCGACUCGCUGUCUGUCUAAGUCGGACGGCAGUCCCGUGUGUUUUUGGAUGACUAGCGUGCGAGUACUGAUGCAACUAGUAAGUCACUGCACGCCGAACGGGAGU